UCAUUCGAUUUCGGACGCGAGUACUUACCAGACAUCAUGUCCUCGCUGGGCGUUCUUACUUUAGUGGUUCUAACUCACUUUUUGUCUCACUCACUGGUUGAGGCUGGGGUGAUUGGCAAUGUAAUAAAUACGGGUUUAAAUCUGCUUCAAAAAGAAAAAGAGCUCGCCAUCUCUGGUCUGAUCCCAGUGACGAAAUGCUACGGUGUAUUGGGGUGUAUGAGUACGGGAGGUGUCUUCUCCGACCUCUCUCAUCGCCCCCUGCAGCUCCUUCCCCUGGACAGAGACAAAAUCCAGACCACUUUCCACCUCUUCACGAAAAGAAACCACCAGUCUGAGCAGAUCCUCGUGGCUGAUAACAAUGUCACCAUCACGAACUCCAUGUUCGACCCAACGAAAGAAACUAAAGUGAUAGUCCAUGGGUUUAUAGACAACGGAAGAUUACCAUGGGUGUUGAAAAUAAAGGACGAGUACCUGAAAAAGGAUGAUUAUAACGUGAUCGUCGUUGACUGGGGCAAGGGUUCAAUGUUCCCUUACACCCAAGCCACAGCUAACACCAGACUGGUCGGGGCAGAGAUCGCAUACCUUAUUCAAACCAUGCAGACCGUGGUAGCUGCAGUUCCCGAGCUAUUCCACAUCAUCGGUCACAGUCUUGGUGCACACAUUGCUGGCUAUGCCGGCGAGCGGCUCAGGUUCCUCGGAAGAAUCACAGCCCUGGACCCUGCUGACCCAUACUUCUCCGGCACAGACAUUGCUGUCCGUCUAGACCCCUCAGAUGCACUCUUCGUUGAUGUCAUACACACGGAUGCGGAACCCUUCAUCGCCAUCCUAACCAAUGAAGGUGGAUUUGGAAUGAGGAGUCCAACUGGACACGUAGAUUUCUACCCAAAUGGCGGUUUGACCCAGCCUGGCUGUGACAAUGAUGUUACAGCAAUAUUGAUAGAAGGGCUGUACGAAGGUGGCAAACGGUUCGUUGCUUGUGAUCAUCUCCGCGCUUACGAAUUCUUCACCGACUCCAUCAACAACAUCUGCAAAUACAAGGCUUAUCCCUGCAAGAGUGACGAAGAUUUCAAGGCGGGACGUUGCACCAGAUGUAACAGCACUGUGAGUGGAUGUUCAUAUAUGGGUGAGGAUGCCAUCAGGAGCAGACCCCCGCCAGGGCAGGAGAAGAUCACAUACUACCUCGAGACCGGCGGAGACGCGCCGCUCUUCUGCCGUUAUGAGGUAUUUGUCCGUGUACAGCUGAGCACCGAUGCCUCGAAGGAGCGAGGGAAGCUUCGCGUAAAUGUGAAAGGAUCAAAUGGAAUCGACACUGGAAUGACACUACUCCAUACUGAUGCCAACCAAGACUUUUCCCCGGGAACGAGCUACUUCUUCGUGAUUAAGAGCAGGGCGGACAUAGGCAAGCCUUCGGAGGUGCAGUUGAUGUGGGAGCACAACCCCUCCUGGCUGAAGCCUUGGCAGUGGGGACCCCUUUACAACGCCAAGCUCAACAUUGAUAAGAUAACAGUAGUCGACGGAGAAAGUCAACAAACAUCGGAGUUGUGCUAUCCCUUAACCAUAGACGAUGGUACUCAAGUCUCUUUUGAUGAAGUAUCCUGCCUCCACUAAGAAGGGUUUCGGUUCUAUCUCGAUUUAAUGUAGAUAAUGACAUUAAAUGAAAUAAAAAUUGUACAAAUUU